AUAUUGUAGUUGUAUAUAUAUAUUUAAAACAAAAUCAUCCUCAUCCGAAUAAGAAAAAAAGGAAAUAAAAAUUAAAAAAAAAAUGGAAUCGACGACGACGGUGGGGAGGGUGGCCGGAAUAAUACUGCCGACGAUGGUAGACAAGAAGAAGAAACUACCAAGGGAAUUCGUGUGGCCGCGUGGGGAGUUAGCGGGGGAGGAAAGAGAGGAGUUGAAAGAGCCGUUGAUAGACUUGGGAGGAUUCAGGAGAGGGGAGGAAGAGGCGACGGCGGAGGCGGCGGCGAUGGUGAGGGUGGCAUGUAUGAAACAUGGGGUGUUUCAGGUGACGAAUCACGGAGUGGAAGAGGAGCUGAUAAAGGCGGCGUAUGAAGAAGGGGAGGGGAUAUUUAAGAUGCCAUUAGUGAAGAAGAUAAGCGUGGGGAAAAAACCGGGGAGAGUGUCGGGAUAUUCAGGUGCUCAUGCAGAUAGAUUCUCUUCAAAACUUCCAUGGAAAGAGACCUUCUCUUUUGAGUAUUCUAAUGACGAUUCUGAUCAACCUCUACAUGUUCUUCAUUACUUUAAAUCCUUGUUCGGUUGCGACUUCGAGAAUACUGGAUGGGUAUACCAAAGAUACUGUGAAGAAAUGACAAGAAUAGCACUAAUGAUAAUGGAGCUUCUAGCAAUAAGUUUGGGAGUAGAGAGGUAUCAUUACAGGAAGUUCUUUGAAGAUGGAAAGUCAAUAAUGAGAUGCAAUUACUAUCCACCAUGUGAAAAUGCAAGCCUGACUUUAGGAACAGGCCCUCAUUGUGACCCAACUUCACUCACAAUUCUCCAUCAAGAUCAAGUCGGUGGCCUUGAAGUUUUUGCUAACAACACUUGGCUCUCUGUCAAACCUAGACCUGAUGCUUUGGUUAUUAACAUUGGUGACACUUUUAUGGCACUGUCGAAUGGAGCGUACAAGAGCUGUCUGCAUAGGGCAGUGGUGAACAGGAAGAGAGAGAGAAGGUCAUUGGUGUUCUUUGUGUGCCCAAAAGAUGAUAAAGUGGUGAGACCCCCACAAGAUUUGGUGGGCAGAGAAGGGCCAAGACAGUACCCUGAUUUCACAUGGUCAGAGCUUUUGGAGUUUACACAAAAACAUUACAGAGCUGAUGUUGCUACACUCCAAAGCUUUGUCCAUUGGCUUCAAGCUAAACCUCACCCUCCAAAAAUUCCAUUUUAAAUUUAUUUAUAUAUAUGUGUGUUCUACAUAUAUAUAUAUAUAUAUAGAAUUUCCCCUUUGUCUUUUCUCUUA